AUGGCUGAUAAUAUUGAUACCCCGGUGGCGAAUAACGAUGCAAAUGCUGUACCUAACGGCAAUGAUGGAAGUGAAAACAAUAGUGGUGAUAAAUCUCCACCUCCACCCGUAACGCCACCCCCACCUGAAGUUGAGACACAGGAAAUCAUUGUUAUUAAUGAAAAUACCGAGGAACUUGAUCUUAAUCAUGGUAAAAUCGGUAAAAUUGAAAAUCUGGAACCUUUGAAGCAUUUAGAAAGACUAUAUCUUCGUUGGAAUUUGAUAAAGAAGAUUGAGGGCUUAGACACGCUAAACGCACUGGUUGAGCUGGAGUUAUAUGACAACCAGAUAACAGUAAUUGAGAAUUUGGAUAAUCUUGUAAAUCUAGAAAUUCUGGAUUUAUCAUUCAAUAGAAUCCAUGAAAUAUCUGGGCUCGAUAAACUUCUAAAUUUAAAGAAGCUUUUUCUAAGUUCAAACAAGAUCACAGAAAUAAAAAAUGUUAACCACCUCACGAAAUUGGAACUGCUUGAACUUGGAGAUAAUAGAAUACGGGAAAUCAAAAACCUAGAUGGGUUACGGACACUCAAACAACUGUAUCUAGGAAAAAACAAAAUAAAUAAAAUUCAAAAUCUCGAAGAUCUGUCAAAUUUAGAAAUACUUGUUUUACAAAGCAACAGGAUAGUAAAAAUCGAGAAUUUAGAAAAUCUAACAAAAUUAGAUCAACUUUACAUCUCCGAGAAUGGUAUUACCACUAUUGAGAAUUUGGAUUACCAAGUGAAGUUAGAAACAUUAGAUUUGUCAACUAAUAAAAUUACAGUCAUUGAUAAUGUUCGGCAUAUGGUUGAUUUGGAAGAACUCUGGUUAAACGACAACCAAGUAUCAGAAUGGUCAUCAAUAGAAUACCUUCAAGAGAACAAGAAACUUGCUACCAUUUAUUUAGAACGGAACCCUUUGGCCUCGGACCCAGCUUACAGGCGCAAACUAAAGCUAAUCCUGCCAUCGCUGCAGCAAAUUGAUGCGACUCUGUGUAAAUAA